AUGCACCAAGCCGUGUCGCGAGCUUUGGCGCAUGUAAAGGCGGCCCAAACGGCGCUGGAAGAGGCCGUGCCGAGCGAAGAACCAGAGUCACUUCAACAUGACGAGCUUGUGUCGGCCUAUCGUGCGCUCCAGCGAGAGCACGAGGAGCUGCGAGCACAGUACGAGGCGGACAAGCAGACAUGGCGCGAAUUCAAGCGUUGGUGGAAGCAGAAACUGCAAGCGAAGCGCGAAGCACGUCGAACGCCGUGGAGUCCACGCAAGGCGCGGGAGCGAAUCCAGGCGCAUCGGCGCCAAGUGCGGUCCCUAAUGAGCGAGCAGCCAGGCCUAUUCAAGGGCACGGGGCGGUAUGCCCCGAGACCCACGGCAAACGAGCAAGCUCAGCGAGAGACGGCGCCUGAACCGACGCCGCCCGACUACUGGCAGUUGGGCUUCCCCAGCAGUUCCCAGGACGAGCCCCUUAUGUAA